UGCUAUGAAUAUCUAGAUAUUUAACUCUUCUGAUUUUGGAAUUUUGUGAGAUAACCUUACGAUUUGUGAGAUAUUUGGAAGUAAGUUGGUGAGUUGAUAUAAGUUUAUCGAAUUGAAUCAAUAUCCAGAACAUAUCAACAUCUCGAACGAAACAAGAACUAGAACAAAACGAAACAAAAAUACCAAGGAAAAUGAAACCAUCAUCAUCAUCUAUUCUUCUCAUCGCAGUCUUCGCAGGAAUAACAACUGCAGGACCGAUUGCAUACGGAGUUUGUCAGAGUGGGUGUGCGGCGGUGGUGAUGGCUUGUUAUGGGGCGGGGGGAGCGACGUGGGGAGCGACGGCGGCAGCGACGGCGCCGGCGACUAUCGUGGCGUGUAAUACGGCGUUUGGGGUUUGCAGCGCGAAGUGUGCGGUGUUGUUGGCGGCGCCUAUUCCUUGAGUUUGAUGAGGUGGGAAGGGAGGGAGGAGAUGGAGUUGAUGCAGAUUGAGUUGAUGGAGAUGGAGUUGAUGGAGGGGAAAAUACAAAUGCGAGAUUGUGGUGAUGAGCUUAUGAUGUGGAGACCUCUCUAUUAUGGUGCUUCACUUCUGAUAGGUACUAGGUACUUACUUGCAAUUGGGGAUUUUUGACGAUUAAUUGCGUAUACGAGUGGAAUUGGGAAGGGUCGAGAUUGGAUUCUGAGGAUAUUAAGUUUUGGAGCUUGGGAAAGUGAUGGUGAUGGUGAUGGUAAUAAUGAUGGAAAUGGAGAUUGAGAUGGAAUGGUUUUCUGUUCUUUACUUGAGUAAUGAUGAUUGAUGAUUGAUACUUUUGAGAUA